AUGGCCCAUAAAGGAGCUAUCGAAGCAUUGGACAGAACACUCCGUGACUUAAGAAAUUGUGACCAUCUGAUGGGCGGUAUCACGGUUCUCCUGGCUGGCGAUUUUAGGCAAACUCUGCCUGUAGUGCCCCGUGGAACCCGCGCUGAUGAGGUCAAAGUAUGUCUCAAGUCAUCUUAUUUAUGGCCUAAAAUAAAAAUGCUGACAUUGAGGGUUAACAUGAGGGUUUACCUGAAUGGUGAUUUAGAUAGUGAAGAGUUUUCAGCCCUAAUCUUACAGAUAGGAGAUGGGAAGGUGUCGGAGGAUAGUGAUGGAAAAUUUUGUAUCCCUCAAGGCCUCUGUUCUGUUGUUCACGAUUUAAAAUCACUGAUCAGUAAGACAUAUCCAGGUAUAAAUGAUGAAGAGAGUCACAGCCUGGCAUGGUUACAGGAGAGAGCAAUUCUAACACCAACAAAUGAAUCUGCAAAUGGUAUAAAUCUUUCAUUGUUAGAGCAACUACCUGGAGAAAUGUCAACAUACGAGUCAGUGGACUCAGUUGUCGAGGCAGAAGAUGCUGUUCACUAUCCAUUAGAAUUUCUACAUUCCCUUAAUCCGCCAGGGAUACCCCCUCAUCUUCUUUUUCUAAAGAUUGGUUCCCCCAUUAUGCUUCUCCGGAAUCUGAAUCCACCUAAACUUUGCAAUGGGACCAGGCUACAGGUGAAUGUUUUACACAAACAUGUGAUAGAAGCAACGAUAUUCACAGGCGUUGGCCAGGGAGAUACUGUUUUCAUCCCACGGAUACCGAUGAUCCCGUCAGACCACCCCUUUCAAUUCAAGCGACUGCAGUUCCCUGUAAAGGUGUGUUACGCGAUGACCAUCAAUAAGGCACAGGGGCAGAGUUUAAAGAUGGCAGGCGUGGAUUUAAGGAAUGACUGCUUCUCCCAUGGACAGCUAUAUGUCGCGUGCUCGCGAGUCAGUUCUCCAGGCAGCCUGGUCAUCCUCCAACCAGAAGAAAGGACAAAGAAUAUUGUUUACGUAGAAGUUCUUAGUAAAUAA